AUGGAUCCACAAACCAUCCAACCAUCGCAAAAUGAAAAUCAAGCUGAGGAGAAUCAGAAAGCAAUACCAACUGGCGAAAUCACAUUCGUUGGGAGGGUUGGUCUAGAUCCUCUUGUCACUCUUUUCUAUGUUCGGAAUCCGUCAAUGUUCCCUUAUAUGUUCAAAGUAAAGUGCUCCAACAACACGUUGUUUAGAAUCGAACCGGCUUCCGGAUACAUUAAUGGAAUGUGUGAAGCUUCGAUUACGUUGACAUACAUAGGAACUCAUGUUCCACAACUCAACGAAGAGUACUUUUCGAUUCACGCACUGGCUCCAGACCCGUAUUGCAUGGAUAUCCGUGAGGCAUUCAAAUUUCGAUGCCAUUUUAAAACGCGCAAGAAGAUCUAUGUCGACUUUGCAUAUCACGACAACGUUGAUCAUUUGUUUUCUGAAAAUGCCGACGAGAUGAUCUACGCUCGACACAGAAGAUAUGUUAAUCAUUUUGUGAGCCCUGCAAUUCUUUACCGAAAAGUCAGCGAACAGAAGAAGAGAGAUGAAACGUUCGGUGUGACACCAAGAAGAACGGUUAAGACGGCAGAGGAUAGAUAUAAAACGUUCGAUUCUGAGCAGAAAAACGGUCUGAAAGAAAAGAAGAAUGAGGUUCAGAAAAAUGAUGUUAAUAAGAAAACCGUAGAAAAUAAGAAACAAGAGCCGAUUGUUGAAACGAAGAAUAUAGACGAAAAGAAGGAUGAAGAGCCAAAUGUUGAACCCAAGAAAGAUCGCACUGGAGAAAACAAUCAAGUGCAGAAUACUGAAGCAAAGGCCGAAGUAAAAACUGAAGCGAAGACUGAAGCAAAGACGGAAGCAAUGACCGACGUAAAAACUGAAGCACAGACAGAAGGAAAUAAGGGAACUGAAGAAAAUCAUGGCCCCGAUAAGGUGGAAGAGAAUCAGUAG